CGUUGCAUUGUAUUCCAGCGGUUGCGAGUCGAUACCGCAACGCUUUCUGAUCGCCAUGACUUCCUCCUCGCCGCUGCUCUUGCUCGCUCUCAUGUUGGCCUGGUCAGCACCAGCCUUCCUCCCGGCGCGCGCCGGCGCCGGCGACCAGGGACUCAAGCACAUCCACCUGUACAUGCACGAGAUCUUCGCCGGCCCCAACGCCACGGCGAUCGUGGCGGUGCCAUCACCACUGGGCGCCAACGCGACGUUCGGGGUGGUCGGCGUGCUCGAUGACGAGCUGCGCGACGGGCCGGACCCGAAGAGCUCGUCGCUCGUGGGCCGGUACCAGGGCAUUUUCGCCGGAGCCGGGCUCGUGAGCCCGCCGGGCAUGCAGUCGGCGAUCAACUUCGUGUUCACGGCUGGGGAGCACAGCGGGAGCACGCUGGCAAUGCUGGGGCCUGUUCUGAGCUUCACGGGUGCCAUCGAGCGCUCCGUGGUGGGCGGCACCGGCGCGUUCAGGAUGGCGCGUGGGUACUGCGUCAUGACGGCCGCGGGCAACCCCACGCCGGACUCCAUCGUCUAUGAGGUCGACCUAUUUGUGAAGAUGGAUUAUGCCUGAUCAUUUCCCCCUUCUCGUAACCUGUAUCGAUCAUUAUCGUGUACUCCCUCCGUUUUGAAAUAAUUGUCGCUGGAGAUAACCAGUUCAUUUUU